CCUGGGCUAGAGGUGAUGUAGGCCAAAGCUAGGAGGGCUGAACCCAGUGCCGUGCAAAACAGCACGCCAGAUCAUUACUGGGGAAUUUAAAGUGCCACGCAAUGUGUGGUGCACCGAAUCUUUUGCCAUGGUUUUGAGAGGAAAAGAAGGUGAGAGAGAGAGAAAGAGGAAGAGAGGGUGAGAGUGUGUUGGGGUACUCGUGUCCCCCUGCCUGUGUCUCGCGUACCUCCAGGGGUACACGUACCACAGGUUGAGAAACUGCUUUACAGGAUGGUGGUCCAGCGGGUAUCUGAUAAUGUAGUGUGGAUUUGACUAUUGGUAAUGGAUACUAGCGCAUUGUCACAAUACAGGUUAUGAUCAUCAGAAUGAGCUGUAUAAAAAAACAACCACAUUGCCAUUCAGAUUGUCUUCUCAAAUUGUCAUAGGAUCGAUUGACUUUUAUAAUGAAGAAGGAUGGAAAGGAAAAGAAGUGUUGGGUCCUGAUGUUAAGGGCCCACUCUUCCCAGAAGGCACAUGCAUUUGAGGAGCUAACUAGUCUUGCUGAUGUGACAUCUGAGGCAGUAGGUGUAGCUAUUGCUGCUCCUCCAUCAGAAGGGGAGGCAAAUGCAGAGCUGUGUCGCUACCUCUCCAAGGUUCUAGAGGUGAAGAAGAGUGCAGUUGUUUUAGAUAAGGGUGCUAAAUCACGUGAAAAAGUGGUGAAGAUCUUGGUAUCAAUGACGCCAGAUGAGGUUUUAGAGAAACUGAAAAAAGAAGCUUCCAGCUGACCUAAACAAAAUCAGGAAAUGGAACUUUGUGUUUUGGUAAACCAUUUUUUUACUAGAAAAAGGGGGGACACUUUUAAAUAAGAGAUCAUGCAGAAACAGGCUGUGGGUAACUUAGGACAAACAGACUCCAAUAUCUACAAUACACAGACUCUCCUGGUGAUACAUAUUAAAACGGUUUUUGCCAUUCUGUUCUGUACUGAAAGCUUUCUUUGAAAUAAUCCUACAAAAGACCUGAAGCUUGUACUCAUUUGCAGCAAGACCCAUUCUUGGCUGACACAGUGCAGCCUGGCUCUUUUGGGGCUUACUUUUUCAGUUAGUUUCAUAAUAAUGCCCUACAUGUGCAUCUAGUCUUGUUGUUUAGAUCUUCAACAACUGAGAAGAUCUUUGUUCUCCAGAAGCCACAAUCUGCCUGUAGCUGAAACAAUAAUUUUGGGACUCUCCUGAAAUUAGUGGUGUGUUUCUGGUAUUGAGGCACCGUCUGCUCAUGUCACCUGGGUAUUUUUCCCCCCUUGGAAAUACUCCUAUCAUUGAGACUUGCCCACUUUUCCUCAUCCCUAAACAGUUUAGUUUUGAUUUUGAAUGCAGGUGUAAUUAUUCGUUUAAAAAACAUAGAAGGCUAAAUUGACAGGCCUUGGAAUAAUGUCAAGAGAAAUGUCAGGGAAGAAUCUAGAUGUCAAAGAAUGCUUAGGGUCCAUUCUACCCUUACUGUACCUCUGCAAAUACAAAAUAAUAACUUUGAAGAGGAUUGAUGCUGGUUAGCUGGACAUGGAAUUCUCUCUCAAAUAAGUAACACAAAAAUCAAGACCUGCAACAAGAAUUUGACCUGGUAUAAUGUAAGUGGCAUUGCCAUAAGUAGUGGCACCAGCUAUGUUUUUUGCCUUGUGGUUGUCAUUGCGUAGAUUUUUGUCAGUUAACUUGGUCUCUGCAGUUUCCUGUUACUGUAAUGUAAAAUAAACUGGUUUUAUAAUUGUAAUGUCUAAAAUAAAAUGAACUGGUAUAAAAAGUC